UGUUGAAAAAAAAAAAUCACUUCAAUAUCGUGCAGUGACCUCCUUGAAGAUGUGGAAUCUCCAGAAUAGCCAAUAAAUUGAGCUUGUAUUGACUUUUUUUGUGUUAAGUGCUGUUUCCAAGGUGAAGAAUCAGCUGUGAGUCUUUAACUUAGGGUGACCAUAUUUUGAUUUCCAAAAAAGAGGACAUUCGGCCGGCCACGACAUAGCCUACUUAAAUGAUACUCGCAGUUUACUCAAAGAUGCCUUAUAAUUUUAAUAUAUUUAAAAUUUAUAUGUAUGGAUAGAAAAUUCAGUUAUAUUACAAAAUAAUAUCUCUCAAAGACAGAAAUUCAGAUAGGCCCCAAUAGGGGACACAUACACACACUAGAGUGUGGCGAUCCGAGCCCGACGGUACCCGACGGGUCGGGCCGGGUUUGGUCAAAAAUGUAGCUAUAAAUUGUAUUCGGGCUCGGGUCGGAUUCGGUCAGCUUUCAGUGAAAAUGUAGUGUAAAAAUAAAUAAAAUCCUAUUGUCUGUCCUGUUUAUUGCUUGGGCACUGUUAUUUACGUGACAACACCUGAACAUAACACACACAGACACACAUUGGCUGUUUGUUUCUACCUCUCCCCUCGCUGGAAGUCUCGGACCUCCAGCCGCCCGCCUCCGCCUUGAUUAAACGCUGAAAAUAAAAUAAAAGAGGGAGACAGGUUUUUCCUAUUUUAUCUUAUUUUGUUUUAUUUCUCCCUCUCCUCUCGCUGGAGGCGUCGGGCCUCCCGCUCCCGUCUCAAACACGGAGGUCUCCAACUCCGCUGAGCACGCCCGGCCUGUUAAAUAGCCUGUAACCAUAACAACUGUGUGACGUCGGGCUCGGACAGAAAUAUGUGGCCCGUGCCGCACUCUAACACACACACACACACACACACACACACACACACACACACACACACACGGAAAACAUUAUCAUCAGUUUAUAAAAAUCCCCCGGACGCCCCGGACGGGACGUGAAAAGUGGACAUGUCCAGUGCCUCUGUCCUGCUCUGAGGGAUUCACAGAAUUGGGAUACUACAAUGGCACCGUGUCUCAGACGGACUCUGGCGCCCCCUGUCUGAAGUGGACUGAGUUUCCAGACUACGUCAUGCAGUACCCGGGCCGAGGGCUGGGCGACCACAGCUACUGCAGGAACCCGGACCGAGAGUCCAACCCCUGGUGUUUCUUCAGACAAAACUCUGGAGCCAUCGGAUGGGCCUACUGCGACUGCCACCAGGGUGCGGCACGUUUGGUGGGCAGCUCAUCCUCUGGCAGUGGCCGUGUUGAGGUCUACCUGAAUGGCCAGUGGGGGGCAGUGUGUGACUCUCACUGGUCAGACAGAGACGCCAGUGUGAUCUGCAGGCAGCUGGGCCUGGGGGACAUCGGCACGGCGCUGCAGCACUCUCAGUUCGGCUCAGGCUCUGGCCUCUUCCACUACGAGCGUCUGGGUUGCCGCGGUGACGAGAACACUCUGAGUAAGUGCCGGAGCAGGACGUUCGUCACCGGUGACUGUAGCCAUGGAAACGAGGCAGCAGUGGUGUGUGCGCCACCAGAAGGCAGUGGACCGCCGCUGCGAUUAGUCGGAGGCGAGGAAGACUUUGAAGGUCGAGUGGAGGUGUUUCACGCAGGAAGGUGGGGCUCCGUCUGUGACGACCAGUGGGACGACAGAGAUGCUGAGGUGGUGUGCAGACAGCUGGGUUUCAGUGGGGUGGCGAAGGCCUGGUCAUGGGCUCACUUCGGUCAGGGUUCAGGUCCGAUUCUGCUGGAUGCUGUGAAGUGCACCGGAAACGAGCUCUUCCUAGAGCAGUGUCCCCAUGGUGACUGGGAGCAGCACAACUGUGACCACAUGGAGGAUGCUGGGGUCUCCUGCAGCCCUUAUACAGAUGGUGUGGUGCGUCUUGUUGGAGGAGACAGUCCAUGGGAAGGUCGGGUCGAAGUUUUCCAUAACGGCGACUGGGGGACGGUGUGUGACGACCACUGGACCCAGCAGCAUGCAGAGGUGGUGUGUAGACAGCUGGGCUACAGGGGCCACGCUGAGGUCGUCUCGGACGGGGCGUUCGGCGAGGGCGUUGGGCUGAUCCUCCUGGACGACGUCCACUGUGAGGGAUCAGAGACCUCCCUGCUGGACUGUCCACACGGAAUCUGGGGCCGGACUGACUGCUCCCACAGCGAGGACGUCGGCGUUCGCUGCAGGAGCCGAGCCAGCCAAGAAACCAAUGACGUGCCAGUUAUCGCACCUUCCACAGGUCCCCUGGUGCGUCUUGUGGGUGGCAGCAGCAGAAAGGAGGGUCGAGUCGAGGUGUAUCUCCAUGGUGACUGGGGAAGUAUUUGUGAUUCGGGCUGGAACGACCUGAAUGCAGCGGUGGUGUGCAGACAGCUUGGACACAGUGGUGGGGCGGUAGCGGCCGGAGGGUUCGGGCAGGGGAAAGGGCCCAUCCACCUGGACCAGGUGAGGUGCACAGGGAAGGAGGAGUUCCUGGGAGAGUGUCCCUCUCUGGGCCAGAGCAUCCAGGGCUGCAGACGCAGGGUGGAUGCAGGGGUGAGGUGUGAUGUCACGCCGCAGAAGUCAGCGGUACAAGCCAAGCCUCAAGAACUGAGCUGUGGGCUGAGGAAGCUGGUGGAGGAGGAGAGCAAGAGGAGGAACCAAGGGCAGGACAACAUGCUCAGGACCACGUGGCCAUGGCAGGUGUCGGUGUGGCUUCAGUCUCAAGAGCAGGAUGAGAGUCCUCUCUGUAGCGGCACUCUGAUCAGCCCCUGCUGGGCCCUGACGUCUGCUUACUGUGUCAGCAGGUUUGGCAGCGACCCGUCCAGGUACAUGGUGCGUGUCGGGGCUUCAGAGCAGACUCUGACCCCGGAGCAGAUGGUGGUCCACAGGAAGUUCAAGGGUCAGAGUGGAGGUCACGAUCUGGCUCUGUUGAAGCUACCCAGCACCAAGGGUCACUGUCUGACCUUUGAGCACAACACCAACGCAGCAUGCCUUCCUGCCACUGACGCAGCAUCAGUGGGAAGUUCUCCGUCUUCUUGUGUCGUCAUGGUAACCACUGGCUGGUCAGGACCAGACUCAGUCCUUGCAUCCUGGGUCCCUUUGAUGUCGUCAUGGCAAUGUAAGAAGCGCUAUGGCGACAGCUUCUCCAGCCACGGCACCCUGUGUGCCGGCAGUCCUCCAGACACCAGCCUCCUCCAUGGCGACAGUUGUCAGGGCAACUCUGGAGGCGGGCUCUUGUGUCAGGGGGAGACGGGCCGAUGGGUCCUCACCGGGGUUGUUGCCGGGGGUUACGGCUGCGCCGACCCCUCCUCUCCCGCGCUCUACACUCGUGUCAGCCGCUUCAGGAGCUGGAUCGAGGAGGUCAUCAACACACGAGCACACCCAGAGGAACCACACACACACACACAAGAAGAUCUGACGCGCGCUGACAAUGGCCCAACACACACACACGGCGAGGGUGAGGAUGAAUACGUCCACAUGCACGGCAAGCUUAAACACACACAUGAUCAGCAAGAAACAAAUGAAAUCAAUGAUAUCAAACACACACACACUCAUCACUCACACACCAACCAGCACGCUAACACACACACUAAAAGCACACACACCCAGCGUGUAGGGAACGCCGACACAAACACACAGAUUCUGGUCUGAUCGAGGCCGUGCCAUUGGCUUACCAUCUGUGCCAUGUGACCGCCUGAGGAGGAGGAAGGAGAGUUAGAAGAAGACGAAGGUUAACUUUAAAGAAAAGCGAGACGCUCCUAACGUAGGUCUGUACAAACGGCCGUCUCUGUGCUCAUUUCAAAUCAGAACUCCGUGUUGUGUUUGCGGUUGCUAAUCGUCGGACGAGUACAGCAGUGUGGGCAGACCUCCCCCGAGCUGCCGGGAUGACCGUGUGCGUGGGUGAUUUGUGGUGCUUUACGUGUGAGUUACAGCCUGUUGAGAGGCAGAGCGACGACCGGCGGAGUCGGCAGCGUUUAGGUUGAGCCUGGCAUGCUGAUCGGGGCCUUUUUCACUGAUACUGAAAAUCAAAAAAAUCAGCAUGGCAUGUAUUUUAAGGACAAUAGUGUUUCAAAUAUUCUGGGGAAAUAUUUCUGAGAUGGUCACACAAGAAUCUAUGCUAAAAUUCACCUAUUAAUGUGCGUCCUCUGUGUGUUUAGUAACAAAAACCAACAAACUAACCACCAGAACAUCUCGAUCAUCAUCGUCCCUCUGAGAUUAUUAACACAGAUCAAACCCUAAACUCCUGCAUCACAUGUGGGCGAUGUCGCUUUUUCCAACAGGGCUCGUCUCUUCAGGCUGUUGUCUUAUACCUUUACUGGUGAAAGUGCUGUUUAGACCCAUGACUAAGCUAUUUAACUUGGGACCAUACCAGUGACUCAUCAUGUUUUACUGUUCUCAUGCUGCAUGCUUUACACUGCUGCUGCUGACUAUUUUAAAUCCCAAAGUUAAUUCAAGUCGUCACACAGCAGCACCUACAACCCUCAAACACAUCUGUACACAUCUGUGCCCUCAAUCUAAGGUGUACUGGGUAUCUAUUAAUGGUAAUAUACUGUUUAGUAGUAUCUAAUAGAUCAGCUGUAAGCAUUAAACAUGUGGGUUGCCAGGUUUAUAAUCACAGAUGGUUUAAUAAGCUCUUUCCUUAUCAGAAACAGAACUUGUAACCUUUGUUAUUAAAGGUACACUUUGCACGAUUGUCGGUUAUUGUUCGGAAACAUCCUCGCCAACCCCAGAUUCGCUCUCGUUUUGCCGCGCUAUAUUUGUGUUUUUCGGUGCUGUGUCUCUUGGAUGUUUGCGCCUUACGGUACACACACUUGUAGUGGGUCAUGAGUGACGAUUUUAGGAGGAGUAUAUCUUUAACAUUUAUAUUAUUAGCUUCGAUAUUAGAAAGGAACACUGCGACAGAAAUCGGAAGCUACGCACUACAUACUCAGUACAUGUACUUUCCUUCAAAAAAAUUCCCUCUGGAUAAACCGCAGUACGUAUCUUUUCCGACACACUGACACGUCACUUCCUAAGAGCCCCCUUGGCGGUUGGAGACGUGUAACCAUGGUAACUCAUGCCAACCUCAGCUCUACCGGCAAUUUAAAAAAUAUUCUAAAAUACAUUACGUGUAGCUUAUACGUACACUUAAACUGAAGUGUUAACGACCUUACAGAGUUAACUCAGCUGCCGUCUGUUAUGAACAUUGUUGACGACCGCAUUGCAUUGUGGGAUAUUGAUGCCGGCACAGUGUCCAGGGCUGACAUGAUAUCAGAUUUCACUACACGAUAAUCGUGGCCAGAAGAGUUCACAAUAAAGACAUUGUGAUGUCUAUGGAAAAUUAGCGAGGUGACAAAGGUGGUUCUCUUUUUACCGGGAUAAAUCACUGUGCUGGUCGAGCCAGAUAACGACAACAUAUCCUGGGUAAGUUGACAGUUAUCGUCAGCACUGUAUAUAUCACGACACCCGUCACACUAACUGUUGGUUUCAAAGUGCGGCUACUGUAAAAUCUCACAUAUUGUUUUAGACGUAAGACACUGACUUUUAAUGAUUCACCUACCGGAGAGAUAUUUCACAACCUGGCAACCCAAACGUUGUUAAAGGCUAAAAACUGAGCUAUAAAACAAGUCGUUACUUGAAACUUAAAUAAUCCCUUUAGUAAGAAUGUCUGGUAACACUUUAUUUGAAUCGUCCGCCUACAGAGUUUAUAGAGUGUCUGUAACAUUUCAACAGCCUGUUAGUUUUUUCUGAGAACAUGUCAGUGUGUUCAUGAACUGUCACAUACUUUAUAAUCUGUUAAACAUCUACAGAAUAAAGAGAAACGGUUGAAUUGUGGUCGAACCCCUGGGUGGGGGAGCCCUUCUGUGUGGAGUUUACAUGUUCUCCCAGUGUGGGUUUUCUCCAGGUACUCCAGCUUCCUCCCACAGUCCAAAGACAUGCAGGUUAACUGGUGACUCUAAAUUGUCCGUAGGUGUGAGUGUGAAUGGUUAUCUGUCUCUAUGUCUCAGCCCUGUGAUAGUCUGGUGACCUGUCCAGGGUGAACCCUGCCUCUCACCCAGUGUCAGCUGGGAUAGGCUCCAGCCCCCUGCGACCCCUAACGGUAUGAGCGGUUACGGAAAAUGAAUGAAUGAGCAAUAUGCUGUUGAAAUGUUACAGAGGAUAAUGAACCCAAUUUGAUUAACACAUUCACUGAUGUUAGAAGAAUAAAGAAAAGAAACAUCUUGUAUCACAAAUAUAUAAUAUAUUACAAAUUCCAAAAAUGAUUCCACUGCCCAGGUCAAACAGAAAUGGGAGAGAGAACCAGAGAAACUGAAAUUUAUACAGCUGGGUCUGGGCGGUAAAUCAAUGGCAAACCAUUUUCAUAUUGUUUGGGGAUGCCAAGAAGUUCUCCGUUUUGGUAACAGAUUGCCAAAGAAAUAAUCUUUGAACUAAAAGUUGAUUGUUCUUUUGAGAUAUUGUACUUGGGCUAAACCCCGGACAAUCACCUUUACAAAGUACUUUUGGCCGUGAGCAAGAAAGCCAUCACAUGAGGAGGCCACAGAUGAGCCCUCUUCAAAGGACGACUGGAUUGGAGUUAUUAACCAAAUUCACUGUAUGGAGAAAAUCACCUUUACUUUAAGACUGCGACUUAAUCAAUAUACAAAACAAUGGGAAAAACACCAAUAAAAAUAAAGUUCAAACCAGAUGCUCUAUAAACUAUCUGUAAGCAGACUGUCCAAACAAAGUGUUACCAAAAGCUUUAAUAGAGAGCUGCAGCUUUUCUAAUAAGUGCGUAACUAAACCCUAAAGUAUUCCCUGACUUUCCAGGAAGCUGUUGGUUUCCAUUGACAGACGCUUCAAACGUGUGUUAUCCAUCACCAUCAAUGUCACAUCUGCAUCAUUUUAGUCAAAGUUAGACAUUGUUAUCGAGAGGUAUCGCAGUGCGUUCCUUCUCACAUCAGUUAAUCUGCGUUACCUCACAACGGUAAUGGAGCAAGACAUCUUGCAGACGUGAUGGAUUAUACAACUCAAGCAGGAGUCUGCUAAUUGAUUUCUAUCCCAAAGGGAAACAGUGGCUUCCUGGAAAAAUACACACUGAAACACCUCCACUGCAGCAGCUGGAUUAAUGUACAUAGGUUUGUCGUUAAGGCGCUAAAACUUGCAACAACACUGGUAUGGUCCUUUACACUGUACAGGAUACUUCUCUCCUUUCAAAGCCAUCAAAGCCGACUGUCGGGUGGUAAAAUCUCUUUUUGUACUGAUUCCAGCAGACGGCUGUAGAUGGAUAGAUAGAUGGAUAGAUAGCUUCUCUUCCUGAGACUAGAUAGUGUGUGUAACUGCAUUCAUUCUUGACUGAAUUAGAUAGCCGAACUCUUGAAGUUAAAUGUUGUCCGUUCUGUUGUACUCUGAGCAGAUGCGCGAUCUCACCAGAAGAUGGCGACAUUGCUCCACUUUAACGAGGCCGCCGCUCCUUGGAUAACGUGGCCCCGAUGGUUCUUUUUAUACUGUUGCUAUACGUGUACGGACUUGACUUGUGCUUUGAUGUACUGUGAACCAUUGUGUCGUGAAAGCAUCUUGUGACCUGCAACUGGACUGUUGUUAUAAUCCUGUACAUAAACUGGAGCCGAUCACUGCUCCUUCCUCCCUCCCUGAGAAUUGAUGUUUUACCAUGCAGAUCCUGUAGGUUAAUGUAAAUACUGUGUGUCUGUGGCUGGACGGUGACGGGGCAGCGUAAAGUGUUUAGGGCCUGCUUUACCUGUGUUAAACCCACCAGCUGUUCCUCAGUGUAAUGUGCUGAAUCAUGGUUGAGUAUUAAAACAUAUACCUGGUAAGAAGAA